CCUCAUCCUCCUCAUCCUCAGACGUCAUGCUGCGCGGCCCCGCUCUGCUCGUGCUCGUGCUCGGCUCCGCCGCGUGUUUCGAGCUGCUCCCGGAGGAGGCGGCCCCCCGCCGGGCUCGCUUCUCCUCCAACAGCCCCACUGAUGUGGCCAGAUGUUUGACCGGUGCUGUGUCUGUGGGCUGCGGCUUCUUCUCUUGUCUGGAGAAUUCAACCUGCGACACCGAUGGGAUGCACGAGAUCUGUGAACUCUUCCUCCACACGGCUGCAACCUUCAACACAGAGGGUAAAACCUUUGUGAAGAAGACUCUUCAGUGCAUCUCCCAGGGAAUCUCCUCAAAGGUUUUCCAAACCAUCCGCCGCUGUAACAUCUUCCAGAGGAUGAUCGCUGAGGUGCAAGAAGAGUGUUACACCAGUCUGGACAUCUGCACUGUGGCCCGCAGUAACCCUGACGCCAUCGGAGAGGUGGUGCAGGUACCAGCUCACUUCCCCAACAGAUACUACAGCACGCUGCUGCAGACGCUGCAGGCGUGCGACGAGGAGACGGUGGCGACCGUGAGGUCCGGCCUCAUCGCCAGGUUGGGCCCCGACAUGGAGACCUUCCUCCAGCUCGUCCAGAACAAGCCCUGCGCUGCCGGCUCCGGCGCCGCCGCCUACAACAACCCGUCCAGCUGGAGGAACAUGCCCGUGUUCAACGUCCAGCCCGGCUUCCGAGGCCGGGACCCCACCCACCUGUUCGCCAGGAGGUCUGUGGACGCCGCUGAGGGCGAGGUCACAGAGAAUUAGAAAACAAGUGCACCCUCACAAUCCUGAUACCAACAUGCAGCUUUCACCUC